AGCGCGGACGGGACGGGGCGGGAGUCAUCGCAGCAACGUGCGCGGGGCCGCAGCGGCGCAGUCACCGCCCGGGCCGCAGCCACCUUCGCUCCUCGCAGCUGGCUCCGCGUCCCAGCCCAGCUCUGCGGCAGGCAGGAGGAGCGGCCGGAUCGCGACUCCGGAGUUCGCGGCCGUCGCCAGGCCUCCCCGAGCGGCGCCGACGCUCCCGCCGUCCGGACGCGCGACCCUGCGCCAGCGCCGCAGCCACCUGCUUCGAGUCCCCGGGCGAACACAACCAUGCGCCCCACUACGGCGCUCUUCGCGCUGCUGCUGCAGCUGGUGCUGCUACUGUCGCCUCCAUCUCUCUCCCAGCAGGAUGGAAGUGAGACUAGCACAUCUGCUCUCAAACCUAGUGCCCUCCAGACCAACCAAAGUGCCCCAGCAGCACCGACUGACACAACAUCGACAAAGGCCACAGUUGGUGACCCAGUGACAACUACACUUGCUACAGCCCAGACAAGCAACCCCACGUCAUCCAAAACCUCAGUCCGACCUCCGACCUCCAUUCCGACCCCUCCCCCAAACCCCACAGGAAGUCAAAGCAAUGGCAGUUCAACUUCAGCUCCCAGUGGCUCCGAGGUGGACAAGACUAAAACAAACCCUCCCCCCAGUAGCCCUGCCCCCACCAGUAGCAGUGGACAGACAGUCCCCUCUGGAGGCCAGAGCGGUGACAGUUUUACCACGGCCCCGACAACCACUCUGGGGCUAAUCAACGUCUCUUCUCAGCCUACUGACCUUAAUACCACCGCCAAGCUUCUUUCUACCCCCACAACAGACAGCACGGCAGCACCGAGCACAGCACCGAACACGGCGAGCCAUCCUGUGGGGCAGCAUACCUCUACUGCUGUCCCCAGCAGCUCUGGCUCAACGCUCAGCACUGACAACGCUACCCUGCCGUGGAUGCCCACUACACCCAAACCACAGGGCACCUCUGAAGCCACUCAGCCCCUCACCAGCCAGACACCAGGUACCACUACAUGGCCCGGCUCCACACCACUAGGGUCUACGGCGUCUCAAGUGCCUACGACUGAAGAGUUCACACACCUCAGCUCUAAUGGGACUCCCGUGGCCCCUCCAGGCCCCAGCACACCCUCUCCCAUCGGGGCCUUUGGGAAUUACAAGCUAAAAUGUGAUCCUCCCAUAAGGCCAGAUGAGGAACUCCUCAUUCUGAACCUCACAAGAGCCAGCCUUUGCGAAGGGAGCCCUCCGGAUGAGAAACUCGUGGAACUGCUGUGUCACUCGGUCAAAGCGUCCUUCAAGCCGGCUGAGGAUUCGUGCACUCUACGGGUGGCCCCUAUUCUAGAUAACCAAGCGGUGGCAGUGAAGAGUAUCAUUAUUGAGACGAAGCUUUCUCCCAAGGCGGUGUAUGAACUACUGAAGGACAGAUGGGAUGACCUGACAGAGGCUGGAGUCAGUGACAUGAAGCUGGGGAAGGAAGGGCCUCCAGAGGUCAAUGAGGACCGCUUUAGCCUGCCGCUCAUCAUCACCAUCGUCUGCAUGGCAUCCUUCCUGCUCCUCGUUGCUGCCCUCUACGGCUGCUGUCACCAGCGGAUCUCCCAGAGGAAGGACCAGCAACGACUCACAGAGGAGCUGCAGACAGUAGAGAACGGUUACCAUGACAACCCAACCUUGGAAGUGAUGGAGACUCCUUCUGAGAUGCAGGAGAAGAAGGUGGUCAACCUUAAUGGGGAGCUGGGGGACAGUUGGAUCGUCCCUCUGGACAACUUGACCAAGGACGACCUAGACGAGGAGGAAGACACACACCUCUGAUCUGACUGCCACCCCGACUGCACGGCAGAGCUUCAGGCCACCCAAAGUGCCAUUUGGACAGGGGAGGAAAUCUCCCCACCUGAAGACAGAAAGACUGGGGAGGGAGAAUGGACUCCGAAGGUUGUCUCCCUCCUCACAAUCCCUACAGGGCCUUAAUUUCCCUUUUCAAGUUCAAUAGAGUCACAUUCUGUCCAGUUCCCUCAUGUACAAUAACCUUCUUGUGCCUGAGCCCAGAGCAGGAAGGCAGGAGGAAGAUGGAGAA